GUGAUAUCAUGAAACGAGUCGCUAACCAUCUUGGUGUGGAUGAUCCAUACAAAAGGACUCGCAUCUCAUAAUUCUUAUGCUGAGCAACCUAAACCACAAUCGCAUCAUCCGCAUGAAGCUGUGUCAGAUAUGUUGUAUCACUUGCAUCAGGUAUCUGAUAUUCUAUAUUACGAAGUCUUAACAAAUCCUGUAUCACCACUACUUUAUUCGAAGACUCUGAAUGUUCCUUUCCAUCAUGCAACAAAGGAUGAAGUGUUGGUUUUUAGUUUUACAACUGAUAAUGGUCCAAGAACAGUAGCCGAUUUGCUUGAUCAGCUGAAAUCAAAGAUUCAGCUGUCUCAUCCAAAUGUGGGACUUAGACUGCUUGGAAUUGUCCUCAAUAGGAUAUGUAAGAUUUAUUUGCCUACUGCCUGUAUCAGGAGCAUAAAUCUUCAAUACUGGCCGUUGCGUGCAGAGGAGAUUCCAGAGGAAGAGAAAAACUUGGGUCCUCAUCACAGAAUAAUUCAAGUUUGUCACUUCACCAGAGAAGCAUUUCCAGGAAAAACAGCCAAGGGUGUCCAGAAUUUUGGGGAACCCUUUUUCUUGAUCAUCCACGAAGGAGACACUUUAGCUGAUAUUAAACUGCGGAUACAAAAGAAGCUGAAGGUCCUGCAUGAUGAGCUCUCUAAGUGGAAGUUUGCAUAUAGGUGUCAAGAUGCAUUCAUGCAUAUUUUCAGGACUCUGACAUAGUAUACCAUCGUUUCCAAGGGGUAUGUCUAUCCUAAUUCUAAAUCUUGUUCGCUUCUCUUUGAUAUGAUUAUGUAUAUUAGGAGGAGAAGUGAAAUUUAAUGUUAUUUGUCCUUGGAUGAGAAAUACUUAUGGAAGAAUGUCCCCCAAUUGUUCCGAGUAUCUUG